GUGCUUUCCCCCCCCCUGAAGCCCCCAGCUGUUGCAGGGGAAGUGCCUGACGUGGCUGGCCCUGCUCCGCCGCCGCGGGAAGUUGCCUCGGGACGCGCACCUCCGUUAUGACAACCCCUGCCGCCCUCAAGGUCCUUUGCGACGCCCCGGCAGCACCAACACCAAUGCUCUGCUUGACAGCGGACAGUUGUUCCCUCGUCACCCCGUCCCGCCCGAAACCCAAUCGCGGCGCCGCUGAAGUCCCUUACGCGUCCACCAUCACCACUUCUUCUGCCUGGAAGUCUGCAGUGUGCUCAGAGCUCGACUCUUCAACACGCUGCCUUUUCGGCUUAGGAAUGUGCCCUCUGCCUCUCUUGGUUUCCCCCUCGUCGCCCGCCCCGCUAUCUUUCCUGGCCUUCAUGGACGCGUUCCUCGGGGCCAUUUCGUCCGCAACUCAGCAACGACGAACACGUGGACGAAGGAGCACAUGGAAGUACGACGCUUGGAGAUCGACGACGGCCACGUCGACGAAGGAGCACAUGGACGUUGCGCAAUCGUGGUGGGCAGGAGCCGCGACGAUGAUGGCCAGCCAAAAAAGAGCACGUGCUUGCGGCGCGUUAAGGGGGACUGCACGCAGUGCACAAAGCUCGAACGUGGAGACGCAAAGGGCGGGAAGGGUUGGCGUGCGGCUACGAAUCACUGCUCAGAUGACACCGUCGGAAACGUGGAAAAUGGAGUACUGUCGUACGGACUGCGGCCCGGAAUCUCCUUUUCAACGCGACGACGUCCGCCACGACGAGGGAAGAAGAGACGCAAAGCGGGAGGGCGACGACGACGACGACCGUCCACUUGUGACGAGGUUGAAGGGAUCCGCAAAGGAGGAUGGUCUGAAGGAAAGAUCGAAGUUGUGGGUUGAUUGCGACUCUUUCUGGGGUCAGGGACCGGGGAAACCGUUGAGGGAGGCGGUUGGCGAGUGCGCGGACUACUUCAUCGCAAUCGCCAACGGAGACGCAGGAGCGGAACCGCCUACGAUGCUCAUACUGCCGCCGAACGACGUGCCGCUCUUCAAGGUCGAGGACCCUGCGCAGCGUGAACCGGCUCUGCGUAGAGCGCGCAGCGUGGAGAAACUGGUGCUGCACGCCAUCCACGGCUGGAUCUUCAAAUCGUCGUCGCGGUCGGUUGGAUUCGCUCGUGCAAAGUCGUACGUCAGCAUCGACAUUGCCACGACCGUCACACGAGCAGUUUGGCAGGGGCAGGAAUGGUCGAACGUGGUGUCCCCUGCCCUCGUGUACCACACUCUGGCGAUGAACAUGGACGUGCCUCUGUGGUUCGCGGGGGUGAAGAUUGUGGAUCGGCCCGAGGACGACGACAUGGCGGCGCGGCAGGAGGCGACAGUUCUUCGCAUCGCGGAGUGUUAGACACACGCACUGUGGAGUGGACAAUGGGCGGACGACAGUCUUCGAGCGUUGUUGAGCGCGUGCAUCUGGAUCA